CUGUUAAAUAUUGUAGAUGGCACUAUAGUCGUUCAUAGAAAUAAGUUCACGAUCUCCUUCUUCGACUCUCCACGGUCUUUAUCGUUUAUCCACGCUCCGAACCGGUCACACAUUCUUUUUGAGCGUAAUCCACGUUUCGUGUCGUAAGACUUAAAGAAUGCGUUACGUGGCCGCUUAUCUUUUAGCUGUUCUAGGAGGCAAAGCCUCUCCUAGUCAAAAUGAUAUCGAAAAGAUUUUGUCAUCCGUUGGAAUUGAAACAGAUGGUGAGAAGCUCAAGAAGGUUAUAUCAGAACUGAAUGGAAAGUCAAUCGAUGAUUUGAUCUCACAAGGACGCGAGAAAUUAUCAUCCAUGCCAAUUGGUGGUGGUGCUGCCGCUCCAGCUGGAGCUGCUGCUGCUGCCCCAGCUGCCCCAGCAGAAGAAAAGAAAGAGGAGAAGAAACCAGCAAAAGAAGAAUCUGAAUCAGACGACGAUGACUUGGGCUUUGGUCUCUUCGAUUAAGUACAUAACAGCGUCACCUGUAUAACUACCUGUACAACACACAUGUAUUAUACAGUUUUAACAAAAUGAUUUGAAAAUAAAUUUAUAUUUUUAAUUUA